UACGCACGGGACGUUCAAGCAGCAGCAUGAAGGGAUUACGGCGCUCAUCCAGCAGCAACAGGAGGCUCCUCGCGUCCUUCGUGAACGCGUGCAGGAAGCUCGGCGCCGCCCCGACGGCGGGCGAGUGGGCGCAGCUCCACGCCGGCGACGACGAGGCCGCCAUCCCGGUGGACGUGCCGAGGGGCUACACGGUGGUGUACGUCGGGGCGGAGCUGCGGCGGCACGUCGUCCGGGUGUCCUCCCUCGGCCACCCGCUGUUCCGGGAGCUGCUCGACGACCGCGCGCGGGAGGGGUACGCCUUCGCCGCCGACGACAGGCUCUGCCUGCCCUGCGACGAGGACAUCUUCCUCGCCGUGCUCUGCCACGUCGACUCCAAGCACGACUACUGCCGGAGGCUGGUACUAUGCAGCUGAUACGUAGGAUCGGGAGCGGUUCAUAUAUUUGCUCCGAGAUAACGAGAUUGUUGGCCGGGUACAUGAUUUCGUAGGCCUCAGAUGUAUAGGGUCGAUCUCUGUAGAAAUUUAGUUUCCGGUGCCCCGUGCUCUGUAUCCCAUUCUUCAAGGAUGUGCCGCAUAGUGCCGCCGUGCAGAAUGGCACUCGUUCCAACUUGAAUUGUUGGAGAGUGCAAGGCGCGGCAUCCUCUAAUCCGUUAUCCCUGAUUAUCCAGCC